AUGGCUCACUCUGAAGUUUCCUGCGCCGAGUGCGGACAGGUUCCGGGCUCGUUCACCGCCCCGCCGCCCGGUUCGCGCCCCCCGCGCCCCGCGCCCGUCCGCCCCGCGGACCCCUCUGCGCCGGGUCGCCUCCGCCGUCGCUGCCGGGUCAGCCGGAGCGGGAGCAGGAGCGGGAUCCGGCGGGCCGGGGGCGCGGGCCGGGGGCGCGGGCCGGGGGCUGCGGCACUCCAGCCGGGGCCGAGUGCCGUGCCGGUCCGCGGUGACCGCGCCGCCCGGGCGAUGCCCGCGGGGACGCCGCCGGCCGCCGGAGCGAGGUGCUACCCGCCGCUACCAUGACAGAGAGCGUGCAGGCGGCCGACGAGGUCCGAGUGCCCCUGGGCGCGCCAGCCCCGGGCCCUGCGGCGGGGGCGUCCCCGGCGAGCCCUGGGGCCCCGGGGCCAGAGGCGGAGCGGGGGUCGAGGCCCGGUGCGUCGCCCCCCCAGAGCCCGGCGGCCGAGCGCGGCGCGGAGCUGGGCGCCGACGAGGAGCAGCCCGUCCCGUACCCGGCACUGGCGGCCACCGUCUUUUUCUGCCUCGGGCAGACCACGCGGCCGCGCAGCUGGUGUCUCCGGCUGGUCUGUAACCCAUAUCCUUCCCGGG